CUCCCACACCGCACAAUGAGGGAGUUGUGUCGCCAUCAUGGACCCCUGAUGUUCCUCAGGCUUGGCGAGGUUCCAACCUUGGUCGUCUCCAGCGCCGAGGCGGCGGAGCUGGUGAUGAGGACCCACGACCUAUCGUUCGCCUCCCGGCCAAGCAGCGUGACCAUCGACAUCGUCGGCUGCUGUGGGAAGGGGAUCGGCUUCGCCCCCUACGGCGAGCGCUGGCGCCAGAUGAAGAAGAUUUGCAUCAUGGAGCUUCUCAACGCCAAGCAGGUGAAGCGUGUGGAGUCCAUAAGGGCCGAGGAGGUGGGCCGCCUCCUCCGUUCCAUCGCGGCGGCCUCUGGUUUCGUCAACCUCAGCAAGAAGGCGUCGGCGCUGGCGAACGACAUCGUCGCCAUGGCCAUGUUCGGUGGCAAGUGCGCGGAAGAGAAGUCCGAGUUCGUCCUCGCGUACGACCAAGUAAGCGAGCUGGUGGCCGGGUUCUUCCCUCUUGACUUCUUCCCGUCGUCGCGGAUCGUGCGGCGGCUGAGCACCGUCGAGCGCCGCCUCCGCGGGAGUUAUGGCUGCAUUCAGCGCAUCAUUGCGAGUAUCAUCGAGAGCCGCAAUGCGGAGAUCGCUGCCAACGGGGAUCAAGAGGAUUUCCUGGGCGUGCUGCUCAGGCUGCAGAAGCAGGAUUCACUUGCUUUCCCUCUAACCCCAGAGACUAUUGGCGCCAUCAUGUUUGACAUAUUCGGAGGCGCUACUACAACCUUAGGAUCCACUGUAGAGUGGGCUAUAUCGGAGCUGUUGAAAAAACCCGAGACUAUGGCAAAGGCACAACUAGAGGUUCGAAGCGUUCUAGGUGCACUACGAGGUGUCAUCACUAAUACUGACCUUGGUGGACUCAACUACAUGCGAAUGGUUAUCAAGGAGGUUCUUAGGUUGCAUCCUCCCAACCCUAUGCUUGUCCCCCGUGAGUCGAGGGAGGACUGUGAAAUCAUGGGUUAUCACAUUCCCAAAGGCACAAAGAUACAUAUUAAUGCAUUUGCAAUUUCUCGGGAUCAAAGAUAUUGGUACAACCCAGAAGCAUUUAACCCAGAGAGGUUUGAGAAUAGCAAUGUUGAUUUUAAAGGAACAAAUUUUGAGUUCACCCCGUUCGGGGCAGGUCGUCGACAGUGUCCUGCGAUUCUGUUUGGCACGUCUGCCGUGGAGAUUGCAUUGGCGAAUCUUCUCUACCACUUCGAAUGGGUGCUUCCUGAUGGAGAGAAUUCACAUUUGUUGGACAUGUCUGAGACAUUUGGGAUGGGAGUAAGGAAAAAGGUAGAGCUGCAUUUGAGAGCUACUCCGUAUGUACACUCCGAUGCAGAUUGCAGUAAUACUUUCUUUCCAUCAAGUAAAGAUAUGGACACGGAAUGUAAUGCAUAUCGAUAUGCCGGACGCGUCAUCCUCGUCGCUGCCGCGGCCGGUGGACGAGGAGCCCGAGUCCCCAGGAGGCAGCACGAGCAGCAGCUGGUGGUUCCCGUCGCCCUCCCCGGCCAGGCACCAUCACCGUCACCAGCGGCGCGGCAGGCCCGAUGGAUCAGGCGCCAACGGCGAUGGGAUCUCGAGGUUUGUGGUGUGCCUGAGGCCGCUGGUCCUCCCCAGCUCGGGCAGUCCUCGCCGGCGGUGACAGCAGCCGGACCUGUCGGGAACCGCCUCGCCUCCCUCCAGUUCGUCCAGACCCCGUCGGGAUCGGGUCAUCUCUGCCCGCGUCGUUGGGGCUGCAUCGCCGGCGCGGCCACGCCGCUGGCGAAGAAGAGCUCGUCCAUGGAGCUGAUUGCUUUUUUUAUUUUGACGUAA